CGAAGUGGAGUUAGUAUGGCUCGAUCCGUCGUGGUGUUCGCCUCGAUCGCGACAUGCUUGGCGCUGGCUGCAGAUGAGCGACAGAAGCGGGCCGGCGACCUGGACCGAGGACCUCCUUCAGCCCAGGCGCGCCGUCUGGAGAUGAGCACCGAGUUCUUCCUGGUGCCGGUGGUGAGCGGGGCCCCCGCGACGGUGACGGCGUGCGCGGGCUGUCUCGACCGCAUCGGCGGGGUGUUCCGCAACGAGGCCUGGGUCAUCCCGGUGCUCACCCUCUCGGCCAUCACCAUGGCCCUCAUCAUCGGUUUCGAGGUGUUCGUGCUGUGCAAAGCCUGGCGCACGACACCGAGUCGCCGCCACCUCUUCCUGGGCCAGAUGCUGCUGCUGGGGCUGUUCACCUGCGCUGGUCUGGGGGCGGUAUACGCCGCCGCCCCCACGCAGCUCACCUGCGCCGUGGUGCGUUUUGGUACGGGGGUGGCCUACGCCGUGGUCUUCGCCUCGCUGCUGGUCAAGUGCGUCUUCCUCAUCAGCCUCAACGGGGGGGUGUACCUGCCGGCGCCCUACCAGGGGCUGCUGCUGCUCUUCGCUAUUCUCAUCCAGGUGGCCAUCGGGGGCCAGUGGCUGCUCACUAGCCCGCCACUUGUUGACAACGUCACCUUCGAGGCCGUCCCCAGCAAACACCGACUCCUGGUGACCGCUGAGGAUGUCGCCCAUCCUACGGUGUUACCUCUGUGCCGAACCGCUUACGUCGACAUUCUCUUCUCGCUGAUCUACGUGAUAUUUUUGAUUUUAUUCGUGACGGUCCUCGCCGUGAAAUCCCGUGGGAUCAGAGACAAUUAUCGAGAAGCGACUUAUAUCGGACUUUCCGUUGGCUGUAGCAUCCCCACGUGGUUAGUGUGGAUCUUGAGUGGGUUCGUAGUCAGCGAGAGACACAGAGACGCCUGCAUUGCUUUCGGACUAGUUAUUUCUUCGGCGUUGGUGUUCCUCAUCAUGUUUAUGCCGAAAGGAAGACAACUAGCCGCCAUGGGCAAAGAAGGUGUCUAUGUCGAGGAUAGAGAAGAGCGUUUUAGUUCUUUGAGUAGGGCAGGGUCGGGGUAUUCCCCGUCAUUUUUUCAUUUUAAACCCAUGAAAUAUGGGCUUGGCCAUGGCACCUCGCAUAAACAUCAACACACCGUCACCACCAUCGGAGGAGGUAUGAAGCAAAAAACACAGCAAAUCACAAUAAACACCCACCAGGGCGUUUAUCUUCCAGUAAUCGAUUACACCGAGGAAGAUCUGGCCUUGUAUCCGCCACCGCCGAGUUAUACUCGUCUGUAUCAAUAUCAGUGCUACCCCAGCCCACCGGGGUACUACUCCACACGGUAUCUCCCAGGUGGUGUGUUUUUGCGGCCUGACGACGGCAACGUCUACACAACCCUAGAGCCGACUUUGAGUAGUAACCCCAAUGUAUAUUUCCAGAGAGGAAAUGCUGUACAUCCCGGGAUGAUGUAUUAAUAAACAUUUUUAAUAAUAGUAUUAUUUAGGUCCUAUUUAUUGCUUUUUGCGCUCGAUAAGCUGCGAAAAGUGAUCUCUGAUAAGAAUUAAAUGAGUUUUGUCAUUGUACAAAUCGAUAUUUUCGUAGUGAUUAAUGUUAGCCAUUUUACUUAAUUAUGCAAUAGCCAUUUUUUGUAAAAUAACAACGAAUGACUGAUCAAUUUACCAUAUUUUAAUCUCAUGUACUACCUUGUAAGUAUAGCAAGUAAGUGUACAAAUAUUUUAUUGUGAGAUAGAUAGAUUAUUAUGUCA